AUGAAGAAAACCUUGAAAAGUGCUUCCAAACCUACCAAACAGAGAGAAGAAGUUGAAAAAGUGAUAAAUACGAUGAAAAACAAUAAAAGUCCCGGAGAUAAAGGAGUAACAAAAGAACAAAUAAAACAUAGCGAUGAACAGUUUAAAGAAGAAAUUUCCAAUUUACUUUGUCAGAUUUGGAAAACCGAGAAAAUUCCAGAAGCAUGGAGAAAAGUCAUUAUAUUACCCAUUUACAAGAAGGGAGACAAAACAUUGUAUGAAAAUUAUAGAAGAAUAGCUUUGCUAGACGUCACAUACAAAAUAUUCGCAUCGAUUUUGAAAAUAUACGCAGAAAAAUUGUACCAAGAAGGGUUAGAAAAGGCAGAGGAACAUUCAAUAAAAUUUUUAUGA